GGCCUGAGUACGCACAAGUCUCUUCUGAUGCAUCCUCCGGAAAGUGGGAGGAUCAAGUCACAUCUGGGCAUUUUGACCGUGCUUUGCGAGAAGCGGACUUUGAAUUGGAACAUGAACUCAGGCUGAGACUGAUGACGUUUCACGAGUCACGACGACACAAGUAGAGGAAAGUACGCACAAGUACGCAUAUUGAGAAACGCCGUCAGAGUGAUCACUGCAGGCCUUUACAGAGGAAACAUCAAGGGACAAGAAGAUGAGUGAAGCCGCUGCGGACUCGGGCACGCUCUGUCUCUUCGAUGUUGACGGAACGCUCACGUCCGCGAGACAGCGUGUGACUCCAAACAUGGCAGAGUUCCUUGAGAAGCUCAGGACUAGAGUUCGAGUCGGAGUGGUAGGAGGGUCGGACCUCUGUAAGAUCCAAGAGCAGCUGGGAAAUGACGUGAUACAGAAAGUGGACUACUUGUUUGCUGAAAAUGGUCUUGUGGCCUAUAAGAAUGGACAGUUACUCUCUGUCCAGUCCAUCCAGGCUCAUAUGGGAGAAGAGCUACUCCAAGAUUUCAUUAACUUCUGUCUCAACUACAUGGCCAAGAUCAAACUCCCUAAGAAGAGGGGGACAUUCAUUGAGUUCCGUAGUGGCAUGUUGAACAUCUCCCCCAUCGGACGAAGCUGUACACAGGAAGAGAGGAACGAGUUCUACGAGCUAGAUAAGAAAGAGAAAAUCAGAGAGAAAUUUGUGUCCAUAUUAACGGAAGAGUUCAAAGGAAAAGGAUUGUCAUUUUCAAUCGGGGGGCAGAUCAGCUUUGAUGUGUUUCCUGAUGGUUGGGAUAAGAGAUUCUGUCUGGGCUUUGUUGAGAAGGACAACUACUCAACCAUUCACUUCUUUGGAGACAAGACCAAACCUGGAGGAAACGACUAUGAGAUCUACAGCGACCCUCGGACCAUUGGCCAUGAAGUCUCCUGUCCAGAGGAAACGCAACAACUUUGUCAGCAGCUUUUCUUCUCAUAAGAGAGAAGCAGCAACUGUGCCAAACAGGCUGUGAUGAACCCAUAAAAAGGCAGUAAUUUCAAGUGAUUCCAUUGUUAUGACAAUUCAACAGCCCUGUUGGGUUUUGCUAUUUGAUGCUUCGCACGCAUGCACGCACACACUUAUCAUCACACAGUUUUAACGUAAUUAUAUCUGCAUGUUGGUACACCUGCCACAGUUAAUUAAAAUAUUGUUUUCCCCAAUUGAGUAAAGCUGUAUAAGUCAAGCUUAAAAAACAGAUAUAUAUACUUCAAUAAUGGAAAGAGGGCAAAACUUUUUCUCUUAUUAUUUUAUUUGGCUGUAUGAAUAUCAAGUGUUAACUCAGUUUUCCUAAAACCUGUAGUCUGUACAGUCUGUUAAGGGAACACAUGGAUCCGGUCAUGUUCACACGUGUGUGUGUGUAUGUAAGUAUGUAUGUAUAUAUAAACUGUGUUGAGGCACUAGAUAUGCCAACAAGGGCUUAAAAUGUUGUACUCGUGCCAAAUGCAAACAUAUUUUUGAAAGGAAGCACUAAACCUUACCCUUUACGAUGAAUUAGCGUAGCAAUGUGCUCUAAGUCCAAACACUGGAAAUGGUAGUUAAUAUCUGAUGUUGGUACUUUAUCUAAAUGGGAACUAUAAACUGAAGUUAAUGAGAAAAAUCUUAUCUGAUUUCACUGGAUUUUAUGGUUCUCAGUUGGGCUGAGGAUGUAUAUUAUUACAUCAGUGUAGGUAUAGAAUGAUGACAUUACACUUAAGCAUAAGUAAAUAAAUACCAAUAAACAUGAAUAUCUUCUGUU